AUGUUUUAUUGGUUGCAUGGGUGCUUCAUUUUUCUGUUACAGAAUUAUUUACCAUUAUCUGUUAUAAGACCUUCUGGGUUUUCCCCCAGUGUGCACAAUUCCCUUAAAAAUUCGACAAUUUCCAAAUCCUUCUUAUUCUCCAGUACUUUUUCCCACAUUCUUGUUGUAAAAAUAAUCUACGGCGACCACCACUACACACUUUUUUUCUCUAAAUUCGAUCAUAUCCAUGCUUACUUUUUCCAGAUACCUACUGGUUGCUAUAAAUAUACUAUCUCUGCUCGUCUUUCUAUUAUAUUUUUGGCAAAUCUCACCUCCUUUAAUAACUUGAUAAAUAUGGUCUUUAAUACCCGGCCAACAAUACUUCUUUCUAAGUUCGUAGUAAACUGUUGUCCUACAUUUGUGACUCAAUUCCACUCGACAAUCAUAUAUCAGCUUUUCUCGUUUAUCUUCUGCUGGAAUUUCCGUUUCUUUACCAUUAUCGAAAACCCAGAUUUUCUUGACAUCUACUUCUUUAAUAUGCUUACUAUUCUUUCUUUCCAUCUGUUUAUCUCUCCUAGAUUCAAUCAUUUUCUUUUUCUCACUCUCCUCUGCUGUAUAAAUUCGACUUAA